AUGAAUAAAUUUGGAAUAUGGUUGACCUUAUUUAUGAGCCUUAUUCUUGUGAGUGCUGAUAUUGCUUCACCGCUGCAAUUUUCCCCGUUUGACUCUCCAGACUUCUGUUCCCAAAAUAUUACCUCGACGUGUAAUACUACAUUUUCAUACAUUGAUGAUCUUAACCGUGUGCUUAGACCGUUAGUCACGAAGUUGAUUACCACACCCUACUUCAAGUAUUUCAAGUUGGAUUUCGAUAAACAGUGCAAGUUUUGGAACGCUCAACAUUUCUGUGCCACUUCUAAUUGUGCCGUUGAAAUUUUGCCACCUUCCCAAUAUAACUGGAGUGAUAUUGACAAUGAUAGCUUAAAGCCUUCUAAGUUAGGCGAAAUAAAUCGUCCUGAAUCUACUGAGUCCGCUUCAGAAACGGAGACAUGUGAAGAUCUCGAUUAUACCUACAUUGAUGAUGACCACCAUUGUGUCUAUGUAAACUUACUUGAUAAUCCUGAACGGUUUACAGGUUAUGGUGGAAAUCAGUCUUUAGAUGUUUGGAGGGCUAUAUAUUCAGAGAACUGUUUUCCCAACACUAAUCCAAUGUCUAUGGUCCCCAAUAACGAGCCCGAACAGUGCGUCGAGAAAAAUCUAUUUUAUAGAUUGGUAUCUGGGAUGCACGCAUCGAUAUCUGUUCACUUGGCAAAUGAGUAUAUGGCACCAAAUGGGGAUUUCUUCCCUAACUUAAAAGUUUUCAUGGAGAGGGUAGGUCUCUUUAAUGAUAGGUUGUCUAACAUAUAUUUCAAUUAUGCUUUGGUAAGUCAGGCAAUCAUUAAAUUAUCCGAGUUUUUGAAUAUUGAAGAAUUCGUUCAAUCUGGAUCUACUGAGUCCAGUUAUAAACAGCAGUCUUUUGGAUUGGAUGGUCCAGUGGAGUACGGUCCAAUUUUGGACAGCAUUAUUCUUCCCUUAAAAUCGAACACUCUUUUUGAUACCCACAGUUUGUUUAAUCCUGCAACCACCUCCCCUGAAUUGAAAGAGGAGUUUAGAUCUAGAUUCAAAAAUGUGUCUGCAAUUAUGGAUUGUGUUGGAUGUGACAGAUGCAGAAUGUGGGGCAAGCUACAAACAAUCGGAUAUGGUACUUCAUUGAAAAUCUUAUUUGAAAGUGAGGAUCCUAAUAAUGCUUCGAGGUUGUCUUUUAGAAGGAUAGAAUUGGUCGCUUUAUUUAAUACCUUUGACAGAUUGUCAAAGUCUUUAGAAGCCAUUAACAACUUCAAAAUCAUGUAUAUAAACCAAUCAAGUGAUAGUCAAGAUGGUCAAUUUGAUUCCGAAGGACAUAAUCAAGGACUUGAAUUCCCCUUUUUCGAUUCUUCAGUGGGUUCACAAGUCCCGAUUAAAAGAAAAGCUCCUCCAAAAAAAAAUCCUGAUGCAAAACUUCCUGAGAAAUUACUCGUGGAGCAGAAAGCAAAAGAAGAUUUGACAUUUGCAGAAGAAUUCAAAGUUGCAUUAGAUGAAGUGUAUCAAGCUCUUUUGUUUGUGUUGAGGAGUUAUCGAGACUUUCCCGUCAAUGUGUAUAAGAUUGCGAUUGUGUAUUUAAAUUCAUGGUGGAAUACAUUUGUCGGAAAACCUACACAAUAUUUGUAUCUGGAAGAAUUUCAGCUACAUGAACCUAAAUUGUGA